AUGUCAAAGAGAGGAGCAGCGUGGCGAGGCAAGGGGGAGCGACCUGACGCCAUGGCAACGCUUCAAGCAGCAAAUGAAGAGCUAAGAGCCAAACUGACUGACAUCCAGAUAGAACUACAACAUGAGAAGAACAAGGUCAGCCGUCUGGAGAGAGAGAAGAGUCAGGAGGUGAAGGCGGAGCAUCACCGGGCGACUGUCGCCGUGACGGAGCUGAAGACCAAACUCCAUGAGGAGAAGCAAAAGGAGCUGGCCGUUACCAGGGAGACGUUACUACGGCAACACGAGAUGGAGCUAAUGAGAGUCAUCAAGAUCAAAGACGGAGAGAUUCAGCGUCUAAACGGACUGGUGCUAACGCUGAGGGACGGAUCCACAGACAAGGUGCGGAGUGCCCUGCUGGCGGAGGGGGAGGAGGCCAGGAGGAGCUGGGAGGCGGAGCGUUGCCGCCUCCAGCAGGAGGCCCAUGAGCUGCGAGGAGCGAGGAGAACAGCUGAGGAGGCUCUGGCGUCGGCUCAGCAGGCCUGCCAGGCCCGAGCAGCCGAGCUGCGAUCUGCUCAUCAUCAGCACCAGGAAGAGCUGAACCGCACCAAGAGAGACUGUGAGAGGGAGAUCCGCCGGCUGAUGGAUGAGAUAAAGCUGAAGGACCGAGCGGUCAGUGUUUUGGAUAAAGCCCUGGGGCUGCAGGCGGGACACGCCCACCGCCUCCAGCUGCAGACUCAGGCUGCCGAGCAGCAAAUCGCAGCCCUGAGAGACGCACAGAGGGCGGGACUAAACCUCCCUGGCCACGCCCCUAACUCCGCCCCUAACAGCGCUCCUCAUACUGUAAGCCCCUCUCAGGACGACCGAGACACUCGCAGGUUUCAGUUAAAGAUCGCUGAGCUCAGCGCCGUCGUCCGGAAGUUGGAGGAUCGAAACGCUCUGCUGUCUGAAGAACGCAACGAACUGCUGAAGCGUCUGAGAGAGACGGAGAGUCAGUUUCUUCCUCUUCUGGACAAAAACAAACGUCUGAGCAGGAAGAACGAGGAGCUGGCUCUCACGCUACGUCGCCUUGACAACAAGCUUCGCUUCGUCACCCAGGAGAACAUGGAGAUGGUAACUAUGGUAACCCCUGACCCCGCCCUUCUGAGGCCGAGUUCUCUCAACGACCUGGACCGGAGCCACUCCACCAGUUACCAUGGUUACAGCCAAGAUGAGAGAGAGAUGGAGUUUCUACGGUUACAAGUUCUGGAGCAACAGCACAUCAUCGAUGACCUGUCCAAGGCUCUGGAGACGGCUGGUUAUGUAAAGAACGUUAUAGAGAAAGACAUGUUGCUGAGAUACAGACGCCAGGAAUCAGUCCGGAGGAAACGGACCUUCAGAGCCUGCAGGGUUAUAGAAACAUUCUACGGUUAUGAUGAAGAGGCGUCAGUGGACUCUGAUGGAUCGUCUUUGUCAUUUCACACUGACAGAACUCCAGAUACAGAACCAGACGAGGUGUGUGUGCGUGAGGAAGCAGAGUUUCGUUACCGUCAGCUGACUCAGGAGUACCAGGCGCUGCAGCGAGCGUACGCUCUGCUGACGGAGACGAGUGGAGCAAACUAUGACCCCGAGAAGGAGAUCAAGACCAGAGAGCAGCUGCUGACUGAAAUCAGUCAAUAUCAAACUAGAGUUACAGAUCUGGAGUCAGCACUGAAACAACAAGGACUGGAUGUGAAGUGGGUGGAGGAGAAGCAGGCUCUGUACCAGAGGAAUCAGCAGCUGGUGGAGAAGGUGAAGCAGAUGGAAGGAGAAGAGCUGCAGCUGGAGAAUGAGAUUCAGGAUGCCAGAGAUCAGAACGAGCUGCUGGAGUUUCGGAUCUUAGAGCUGGAGGAGAGGGAGCGACGUUCACCUGCCAUUAACUUCCAACCACUCCAUUUCCCAGAAGGCCUCAGUCCCCUGCAGCUCUACUGCGAGGCAGAGGGAGUCGCUGACGUUGUGAUCAGUGAGUUGAUGAAGAAGCUGGACAUUCUGGGAGAUAACGCCAAUCUGUCCAAUGAGGAGCAGGUGGUGGUGAUCCAGGCCAGAACGGUGCUCACUUUGGCCGAGAAGUGGUUGGAGUCCAUCGAAGUGACGAAAUCGGCUCUGCAGCAGAAGAUGUUGGACAUUGAGAGUGAGAAGGAUCUGUUCAGUAAACAGAAGGGUUACCUGGAUGAAGAGUUGGAUUACAGAAAGCAGUCGAUGGAUCAGGCUCAUAAGAGGAUCCUGGAGCUGGAGGCCAUGUUGUUUGAGGCCUUGCAGCAGGAGGAGCACUUCAAGAUGGACGGAUUCAAGAUGGAGGCUGGUCUGUCUGAAACCCUGACGGAGGAAGAGAGGGAGGGGCUUAAGAGAGCAAUGGACCAAUGGAAACGCUCUGUGAUGUGUGAGCUGAGAGAGAGAGAUGCCCAGAUCCUCCGUGACAGGAUGGAACUGCUGCAACUCACACAGCAGAGAAACAAAGAGUUGGAGGAAUUUAUAGAAGCACAGAAGCGACAGAUUAAAGAGCUGGAGGAGAAGUUUCUAUUUUUGUUUCUGUUUUUUUCUUUGGCCUUCAUUCUCUGGUCCUAACAGCAGCUGUGUCUGCAUCCCCCAGACCAAACAGCUGAUCACUCAGCCGGUUUCAGACCAAACAACAGAAGAGAGUUCAGAAGGAUUCAGGAGGA